AUGGCGACGCCGUUCCAGCUGUACCUGGCCGCGCUCCUGCAGGUACGCUGUGCGUGCGGACCCUACUAUGACUCAAACUUCCCGGACGGCCUGUCAGACUCGACGAAGCGCAGCCUGACGGAGCUGCUGACGGACCAGUGGGCGUGGGGGCAGGACGUGCUCGAGCCUACCUACGCGGAGUUCUCGCGCAUCGUCUCGCAGCGCUUCGAGGACUCUCCGGACAGGGAGGCGUUUGCGUCGUUCCUCGAGGACCUCCGCGGGGCAUUCUGGGAGGCGGAGAGCUCUGUGGACGCGCUGGUGGAGCUGGCCAGCCGGACGCGCGAGGUGGUCGAGGUGGCGGAGGAGGAGAUCGACGUGGACUGGCAGGUCAUCGACAAGCACUCGGCGCUCGGGACGCUCGCCCAGCGCCUCCUGGUGGCGUUUCAGGAGCUCUCGUUUGAGUCGGUGUGCCAAUUGGCGGUCGACGCGGCAGCGUGGGCGCGCGGGGCGCCCGCGACGCACAUGCGGUUCGAUCCGUGGCUAGCGGAGCACGUGUCGCGCGCGCAGGAUACGCUGCACAAGGACGACGAGCGCUGGCGCGCGUGCGCGGACGACUUGCGCCGCGUACGGAGCGGCGCCGCGGGCGACAGCGCGACGAGCGCGGAGGUGCAGGGGCGGCCCGCGCACUGGCUCGCGGCGCUGGAAACGGAGGUGCAGGCGCUUGCGCUGGGGAGGGACGCCCCGGGCGCGGAAGAGGCGCUGCGGCGGCGGCACGACUACGGACUGGCAACGGCGACGGGGCGGGGCCAGGCGGUCGUGGGCGGACACGUGCCGCUUCUGGCGCUCGCGAGCAUGCACACGGCGCUGGGGCUGCACGGAGAGGCGCGCCGAUGUCUGAGCGAAGCGAUGACGGCGGCUCAGCGCGAGGGGCGGGCGGGGCCGCUCGUGCACUUGCUGGCGGCGCUGUGCCACGUGGCUGGCGAAGACGAGGAGGGGGACCAGGCGACGCAGGUGCCGGACGACUUCCGGCUGCUCGGCGGGGCCGCGGCGAACGAAGUUCCUCGCGGCAGUGCGCGCACGACGUUGCUGCGGCAGUGUCUGGGGCAGGCCGAGACGCACACGCUGCCUGACGUGGUCGCGUACGCCCGGCUCGCCAUCGCCGCGGAAACCCUGAUUCGGGGCGGGCCAGCACGUCCCGAAGCAGCGCUCGUGGGGACCGGCAUCGUGCUCCGCCGCCUCGGGUACGCCUGCGGCGUCGUGGCCGCGUACGCCAGCGCCGCGUCGCCGGGCGCGUCCCCGCUGACGUCCGGCAGCGCUGGCACCGCGCUGGUGCGCGACGAGGGCGAGGGGGACCGCGUCGGCGCGGAGGCCAGCGCCAGCUGCGCAGCCCUGCGGACGGCGUCGGGGCAGUCGCUCUUGCUCGAGGCGUCCGCGCACCGCGAGGCCGCGUGCGGCGCCAUGGCGGGUGCCGUGCUCGAGUCCUUCAUGCGCGUGCACUUCGCGUCUGCGUCCGCGGCGGAUCGGGCCUCCGCCACGGCCACGCUCGCAAUGCACGUCGCGGACACGCAGGGGCCGAGCGCGGGCCUGCGCGUGCUCGAGGUCGCACGGCAGCGAAGCGGGAACGGCGCGGACGUGGACGGCGAUACGCGGUUGCGGCUGGCGGAGCUGAUGCUUCUGCACACGCGCGCGUUGCGGGCCGGACAGGUGCUGAGGGCGCGCGAGGCGUUGGAUGCGCUGCAAGAAGCCGUGGCUGCGGCGCCGGACGCGCUCGUGCCCGCGCACGUGCGCGCAGACGUGAUGCUGCGGGAGGCGGAGACGCGGCUCGCGGAGGGCGACGCGGGGCGCGCGCAGGCGGCUGCGAAGGCCGCGUUUGCAUUCUGUGCGGGGCGCCGGCUGCGGCCGUCCGCGGCGCUGGCGCUGGUGUGCCUGUCGCGCGUGUACGCCGCUGCGGAGCGCGCUUCCGUGGCCCUGGAGUGCGCCGCGGCGGCCAGGCACCACUGCGAGACCCUGGGUCUCCGGCGGACGUGGGCCGAGGCUGCCAUGCUCUCCGGGCAGUGCGACGAGGCGCUGCCGCUGUGCUUGAGCAGCGGAGACGCUCGGCUGAUCGGGGAGGCCAGGCUGCAGCGCGCCGCGCAGCGGCUCGUGAGCGGCCCGGGCGGCGGCGUGCCGUCGCGCGACGCCAUGGCGGACGUGUGCAGCGAGCUCGAGGCGGCGUGCGCGAGCUUCAACGACGCUGAAAUGCCGGCCCAGGCCGCGGAGUGCGCUCGGCUGAUGGCGCUGACGAUGGCGGCGCGCGAGGACCGCGGGGGGCGGGACGCGUGGGCGUCGAAGUGGGAGGCGCUGCGUGCGGGGAUGGCCGCCGCGGAGGCGUAG